UGGGUAAACAUGGCAGGACAUAGUAGAUUCAAGAAAAUAAAACACAAGAAAGCUAUCGAGGAUAAAAAAAGAAGUAAGGAGUUUUCGAAAGUGUCCCAUGAGAUCUCAGUCGCUGUUAAGGCGGGGGGAGGAGAUCCAAACGACAACCCUAGGCUCAGGAUGGCCAUAUCCACUGCAAGAAGAUUUAACUUUCCUAAAGCCAAGGUCGACGAUGCUAUAAGAAAGGGGUUGAACCCGAACGACGGAGAAUCCAUAGAGGAAGUCAGAUACGAGGGAUUUGGUCCUUCAGGAGUCGCGUUGUUAGUGGAGGCCAUCAGUCAUUCAAAACAGUUGGCAAAUGACAAGUCGGCGAUUAGAAAGGUCUUCAGCAGACACAACGGAUCUCUUGGAGAAGGAGGCUGUGUAUCGUUCAUCUUCCAGAGGCUAGGUCUCAUCACGUACCCCGGCGAUGACCGGUCUGAGGACGACAUGAUGAUGUUAGCCAUCGAACACGGAGCCGACGACUGUCAGAAGGUGGAGGACGAGUUUGAGAUUCUCUGCAGCUUCGAGAAACUCCACGAGGUAAAGGAAAAGCUGGAGAAGCAAAUAGGGGAACCCUCUAGUGCUAAACCCAUCUGGAAGCCAAACAGUUACGUGACGCUUGACAACAGCAAGACUAAAAGUGUGUUGAGAUUGAUUGAUGAGUUGGAGGAUGUAGAUGCUGUUCAGGAAGUGUGGUCUAAUCUGGAGAUUCCGGACAGUUUUAACUAUGAGGAAUAAAAAUCAAUCGCGGUUUGUAUGCAUGUUGUAAAUUAUAUGUAUAUAGAAAUGUGAUUUAGAAGUUUUGUUUAACUAUGGUAGGUUAGAGCACGGAACUUUUGUCUUUGUCAGUAAUUGCAAUUCGUUCUAUAGUGGUGUCCCAGUAGUUUAUAGUUGCCUUGGUAUUAGAGGUAUGUGGUCUAACUAUUAGUAUAUAAUUGAAAUUGGUACUAUUUUGACCUAACAGAGGGGCAAGUAAAGUGUAUUGAUGAAACAUUGACAAAUAAAAAAGAAGAUUUGAAUUAAUACGUGAUUUAAAAUAGUUUAAAAUGUUGGGUGUCAUAAGAGCCGUGCUUGCACCAAUAUUGAGCCUGUUUUAAGUUACACUCAUAAAUUGUCACUUGCUGUACAUUUUUUAUGGCAUAAUAGUAAACUUAACAAUAUGUUUGUGACUUUUUGUAUAUUACGGUUUAAAACUUAAGAAUAUUUUUUCGCCAAGAGUUAUAGAUUACAUUACAUUUAGCUACGUGCUUUAGACACAUAGUUUCGUAUUUUAGUAUUUAGUUAUUUGCGAGUUAGUUACAAUCCAGUUACGCCAAAGUUCCCUGUAUACUUAAUUAUACAAGUAUUUAAGUAAAAUGUGCUAAGCUUACAGUAAUUGUACAUAAUGGUAUGUAUCUAAAGGUUAGUAAUUAGCAGGUUUUUACAUGCACAUGUAUUCAAAGUCAGUUUAUAAAAAUUGCUAAAUGUUUACAGAACACAUCAUUGUCAUUAUAAUAUAUUUAAAGAUCAAUUGUACAGAUUUUACAAAUAACACAUUCACCGAUUGGCUUUAUAACUUUGCUUAAAGCUUAUAGUAGAGGGUCAUGUUUCUUUUUAUGUCACAACUAGUUGCUGUACCUAUACCCGUUCUUUGCAAUGCGGUUAGGGUGCGGAAGUGGUUCUUUAAACCUGCUGUAUAUACCAGUAACACAUGCACCAUUUAUUUUGUAAACUAAAUUCAAUUGUACUGCUAACUUCAAUAAAGUUUCGUUUAAGUCAUGUAAGUCGUGCAAACUCAUUAGGCUACCUAGAACCAUAUAUUAACUGGCACUGAUGCAUGUUAUGAGAAUACUUUAAAUACAAUAUAAGAUCAAAUACACACUUACUGAAACGUUUAUUUAAUUACAUGUAUACAGGAUACAGUUGGUAGAUAAAAUAGAAAAAUAAUAAUAAUAUAGACUGUA